AUGGCAGGUGUUGGACAGACCUGGUCGUCGCAACCAUAUGUUGACCAUAUCAGUGCUCCGCCUCAAGGGCAUGCGGCAGACGCAUUCGAGGAUGCCAGACAGAGGACGCAGUGAGUAAGCGUGUGUAAAGGCAGAGACGAGGGGCGAAGGGGCGGGGUUGUGUGGAAGGAAUUACAUAGGCGACCUACCAAGCGUAUACAUGUCCACUGACUCAAAUCAUCGGCCUGCUGCAUCACGCUCAGACAACCUAUCGUGACCGGUACAUCCAUCCUCGGCAUCAAGUGGUCAGGAGGAGUGAUGCUCGCAUCGGACACUCUAGCUUCUUACGGCUCCCUCGCUAGGUUCAUGGAUAUUCGUAGACUCGUAGAGGUCAAGGAGAGCAAGGCUAUCAUUGGCGCUAGCGGCGAUAUGGCGGAUUUCCAGUACAUUCUGCACGAGAUUGAAAAGACUGGGUGAGUCGAGGUCAGCUCGACCAGUGUCCCCCACUUCUUUGACUGAUCCAGCUUUCACUUGCUCCACGUUGCUACAGACUUCGUGAAUCGACAGCAGGAGACUCGCACAAUCUGACUCCCUCGCAGCUCUACGCUUGGCUCACGAGGCUGAUGUAUGCUCGUCGAAGCAAGAUCGAUCCGCUUUGGAACAGUCUGGUAGUGGGUGGACUGGAACCGAGCACUGGCGCUCCUUUCCUCGGAUACGUCGACCUUCUCGGUGUGACCUACACAGCCAGCACCAUUGCUACUGGAUUUGGUGCGCAUCUGGCACAACCUCUACUCAGGAAGGCUGUGGAAGGAAGAGAGUCCACCUUGGACGAGGCUGAAGCCAGGAGCAUGUUGGAGAGCUGCAUGAAGGUCCUUUGUGAGUGACUUAGCCCGAAGACGAGAUGAAUCUGCACGUGUGUUGAAUUGUCCUGACUCUCACCUCCUUUGGAUCUCUCACGGCAGUCUAUCGUGAUGCCAGAUCUCUCAACCGCGUAAGUGGGAGACGCAAAUGAUUCAAGUUCUGUUCAUCGCAAGCGUCCUUUCGUCUUCUCUUACCUCUCCACCCCGACCCUUCGCUCAGUUUCAAAUUGCCACAGUGACCAAGGAAGGUGUACACAUCGGAGAACCCAAGAGUGUCGAGACGGACUGGAGCUUUGCCGAGGGCCUUAGAGGCUAUGGUCCCCAAACUCAGUGA